AGGAUAGGGAAGCCCUGGGUCUGAGCCUCCUCAUCCCCUCCCCCGCCCCAUGCCUGCAUCCUAGCUUUGCUCCCCGGACUGCAGUUUCGGGAUGCCCGCAGCGGGGUCCUGACCGCUCCGGAGGACGCCCGGGCUGCUGGGCGCUCUCUCUACGGCGCAGGCUCCGCUGCUUGGAGCAGGCGCGUCAGCCGCAGCUGGGCUCGGGCCAUCAGGGGGAGAACUGUCCCCUUGGCUAGGCUCGCAGCCCAGCGCGGUUCCCCCGGCUGCAGCCGCCUCCGCCUCCGCCAGUGCACUGGCCCCAGCGCUUGCUUCCCGCUUCCCGCUUCCCGCUUCCCGCUCGGUGGGCUGGCUUGGGCUAGGGGCGCCUUCUGGAUCAUUCUGGAUGUUAUUCAAGAUGAAGUUCUUUUGGGGGAUUCUCUUUCUUGUCUUAUUCUCCUUCUGGGUUGAAGAAGCCUAUUCUAAAGAGAAGUCUUCCAAGAAAGGGAAGGGGAAAAAGAAGCAAUAUCUGUGCCCAUCGCAGCAGUCUGCUGAAGAUCUUGCCAGAGUACCAGCUAAUUCCACAAGCAAUAUCUUGAAUAGACUAUUAGUCAGUUAUGAUCCCAGGAUCAGACCAAAUUUCAAAGGUAUUCCAGUUGAUGUGGUGGUCAAUAUUUUUAUCAACAGCUUUGGCUCUAUACAAGAAACAACAAUGGACUAUAGGGUUAACAUCUUUCUGAGGCAGAAAUGGAAUGAUCCUCGGCUGAAGCUUCCAAAUGAUUUUAGGGGCUCAGAUGCACUGACAGUGGAUCCCACCAUGUUCAAGUGUCUAUGGAAACCUGACCUAUUUUUUGCCAAUGAAAAAAGUGCUAAUUUUCAUGAUGUUACACAGGAAAAUAUCCUCCUCUUUAUUUUUCGUGAUGGAGAUGUCUUAGUUAGUAUGAGAUUAUCUAUUACUCUCUCCUGCCCUUUGGACUUGACCUUAUUUCCUAUGGAUACACAACGUUGCAAGAUGCAACUGGAAAGCUUUGGUUAUACAACGGAUGAUCUGAGAUUUAUCUGGCAGUCAGGAGAUCCUGUCCAAUUAGAGAAAAUAGCUUUGCCACAGUUUGAUAUUAAAAAGGAAGAUAUUGAAUAUGGUAACUGUACCAAAUACUAUAAAGGCACUGGCUAUUACACAUGUGUAGAAGUAAUCUUUACACUGAGAAGACAAGUGGGAUUUUACAUGAUGGGUGUAUAUGCCCCUACUCUGCUCAUCGUGGUCCUUUCUUGGCUAUCAUUUUGGAUCAAUCCUGAUGCAAGUGCUGCAAGAGUACCAUUGGGUAUCUUCUCAGUCCUCAGCUUGGCAUCUGAAUGUACCACACUUGCUGCUGAACUUCCUAAAGUAUCCUAUGUGAAAGCCCUUGAUGUCUGGCUCAUUGCUUGCCUUCUCUUUGGGUUUGCCUCCCUGGUAGAAUAUGCUGUAGUUCAGGUGAUGUUAAACAAUCCCAAACGAAUUGAAGCAGAGAAAGCCAGGAUUGCCAAGGCAGAGCAAGCAGAAGGGAAAGGUGGAAAUGCAGCUAAGAAGAACACAGUCAAUGGUACUGGGACCCCUGUUCACAUUAGCACUUUACAGGUUGGUGAGACUAGAUGCAAAAAAGUCUGUACUUCCAAGUCUGACCUGAGAUCAAAUGACUUCAGCAUUGUUGGCAGUUUACCUAGAGAUUUUGAAUUAUCCAACUAUGACUGUUAUGGAAAACCCAUUGAAGUCAACAAUGGGUUGGGGAAAUCCCAGGCAAAGAACAACAAGAAACCUCCUCCUGCCAAACCAGUUAUUCCAACAGCAGCAAAGAGAAUUGAUCUUUAUGCCAGGGCAUUGUUUCCUUUCUGUUUCUUGUUCUUCAAUGUUAUAUAUUGGUCAAUAUAUUUAUGAUGUAUUUUUGGUCCAUUUGUGUAAAAUGUAAGAAGACCAUUUCAUCAUUCUUCUUCUCAAUCACAAAGGCCAGUUGUAAAUUCAUUUGCAUUUUUGAAGCAAUAUAUUGCAUUUUGAUGCCAUGCAAUUGUAAUGAAAAUACAGCUUCUUAAUUUUGAAUGAAAGCAUGACACUAAGGUCUGUGCUCUGACCAGUUAAUGUGUAUAUAUGUACAGCAUACAUCCUGCUCUAAGAAUAUAUGAAAAAUAACUCACACUACAUCACUGAUCAAAUUUAAGUAACUCUCAACUGUUUGUAUGAACAUGAAAACAUUUCAGAUGAUCUAAACAAUGAGAAACUGAUGUGCACGCUCUCUGAAUAAUGUCAGUAUUCUAGUAUAUGUAGUAUUUCAAUGCUCCUUCCUUUUAACUUUCAGAUAAAGCCAUUUUGUUCUUAUGUAAUUUUCUAUGAUACUAUUGAAGAGUAAGCUAAAUUGUAAUUCACUUGAUUUAACUUUGUAAAUUGAAAAAAAUAUAUUAGUUAUUCUAGUCUGUAAAGAAAUAAAGUCCAGAGAGUUGCUAAUUUUAUAGAGAUGUCAUUUAAAAGGUGCCAUAAUAUAAAGGGAAGCUUGGAGUAGUGUGGGAGUAUAUGAAAAUGUAUCAUGCCCUGUUUUUUGAUGAAGUAAGAAAGAACAUAUUAGGAAAGGCAAAUGGCAAAACACUUUAGGUGGUAAAAUCUCAUUAAAGGGAUUUUUUAAAAAUGGGAUAGCACAUUGAUGUUGAAUAGGAUUGGAACUGAAGUGAUACUGAGGGCACAAUACCAUAGUGCCUUCAAGAAGAAAUAGGUUUUCUUUGGAAUAUAGAAACAAUAUAUAGGUGAUUCCUCAAAGAAGCAAAAAUGUCCCAUAGCUAGAAAUACUUUGGUAUAUAAAAGAUCUGUAAUUACUAAAGGAUCUUAGGUUAUCAAUUUUAAUAGUUUUUAAAAUGAUUAUGCACAUGACAUAUGUAAUUGUGCAGAUGUGAUUUUUUUUUGCUUCCCAUUUGUCUUUUGUGAUUUGUUGUAAGACAUUAAUCACUAUUAUACCAUUUAUAUUUUCUUAAUCAGUUUACUUACAAGAUAAAAACUAUAUUAGAACUUUGGUGCUCUUUUAAACGAAUUUAUUUUUCUCCUCACCUUGCUCUCUAGUUAAAAUUUACCAACUUUAACCCUUCCAACUUAAAAAAAGUAAUUUCAAAUUUGAUUAUGCUUCUGCUUAUUUGGUAUUAUUUCCAAAGAUGUUUAUAUUUUGUCUUAGAAUUUUAGCAUUGAAAUUCAAAGAUAUUGGUAAUUCAUAUUGGAUAAAUAUUAACAAACAUCCCCAUAACAAAAAACGAAUCUGUAUUAGUUUAAGUGAUUCUUUUACAAGUGUUAGUGGAAAUGAAUGUUACCACUAUGUAUUUGUUCUGAUUGCUAUUUUUGACAUACUGGUAUCAAAUCUGUUGGGAUUUUUAAAAGAUACUCUUCAGAAGUCAUUAAAAUUUUCUAAAUUGGGAAAGACACUAAGCACAUGGUAGCCUGUCAGCACCCUUAAAUUGCAAAAUUAUUUCUGUGUUGGAACAAUUUACUAUGUUAUGGCUACAUAUGAAUGGCAAAGUGUGUAAGGGAUUAGAUAAAAUAGUUUCUUAAAUAAUAAAAGAAAGUGUAGGCAUUGUAUUAAUAGAUCCAAACAAUUAUGAGGAAACUAACACAAAAUCGCAGCAUUUGCAGUAAUCACAAAGCCCUAAUGAGUACAACUACAUCUAUUUGAUGGGUUGUGUACAAAAUUACCUCCAUUUUUUAAAAAUCAUUUGAUCCUUUUAGAACUUACUUGUGCAUUCAUAGUGCUGUUAAAUUCCAUUUAUAUUGAAUGUUUUUGAUCAUGUCAAGUGUAAGAAAUUAGGCCUUAAAAUGGAAAUGUACUAUAAAGGCAGGUUUUCUCAAUUUAUGGUACCUCUUAUCUGUAGUAAUCUGUGUAAAUUAAUGUCUGCUGUGUAAUAAUAUUAUUGUGAGAUAUUUUGCAAAAUAAAAAAAUCCUAAUAAUCAUUAUAUAUUAGUGCUUAUCCUUAUUGUGUCUUUAUUGUACCGUGAAGAACCAAUACUGGGUAGUAUUCAUAGCAAUUUCCAUGCCAUCAGUAACUAUUUAUAAUUAUGUUCUUUAGGAUAGUUUUUUUAUGUAAUCUGCCUUAAUCAGAGGUAUGGAUAGAUUGGAAUGUUUGCAGAGAUUGCUCCUUUCUGUGAAAUGUGAAACUUGUGAUUUCACACCUGUUUAUGGAACUAUAAAUACACUUUCAUUUAUGAAUGUCAGAAAUCAAAAAAAAACUCUUAAGGCAUGUACAGCUUUGUAAAUAGAAGCAAA